AAUGUUAUACAGUUCAAAAAUGGCCGCCGGAAUUCAACAAUCGUUAAUUUAUCAGAUCAUUUUCUCUUCUGCCACACCGAAUUUCAUGGAUUAUUACUAGUCAUAUAGGAAAGAAUCAAUCAUGGCUAACUAAAAAUUCUCAUAACGCAUUUCUUUGUCCUUCUGGGACCUGAAAAAGUGUUCAUUAGCAGCAAUUAUUUUUGAGACCAAAAACAAUGUCUAAAGCUACAAAAAGAAAGCACGUCACUCGCGAAGUCCUCGACGAAUUCGUUAAACCAGAUCCAAAGCAAAUUAUUGUUAAGAUAAUUGGGAGUAGAGGUAAUAAUCUCCAUGAGGCAGAGACUGCAGAUGGAAAAAAGUUUCUUAUCAGUAUGCCAUCUAAGUUCAGGAAAAAUGUAUGGAUUAAGCGAGGUAAUUUUGUAAUUGUUGAUCCCAUAAAAGAAGGACAAAAAGUUUGUGGAGAAAUAGCUCAUAUUUUAUACAAAGAGCAAGUGAAGUACCUCAAAAGAGAAGGCCUUUGGCCCCAAGAGUUUUUGAAUGAGGACAACUUCUGUGUGACAUCACACCAGAAUGAUGGUGGAAAAAAACUUGAACUGAAUGUUGAUGACUCAGGUACAGAUUCAUCUACUGAUGAUGAAUUGUUUGUUAAUCCAAACCAUGCUCAAACAUUGAUAAUGCAUUCAGACUCAAGCAGUGAUGAAGAGGUCAGUGAGGAGGGUAAUGAGACCGUAAGCAAUAAUGAUGAAUAAAAAUGUUUAGACAUUAAAAUAUCAUAUAUUAUAGCAUCACAGAUUGUCUUUUGUAUUGCUGUUUUUCAGUUUAUUAAACAUUCUAAAAAUCGA